AAAACUCCUUGUCUCCCUCCACUACCACGACAUAGGUCUUUCCUUUCUCCCCCUUCCCUUCAUCCGUUUCCACGAGAACCACACCUAUCCACACUCUUUGAACUCACCCCCCACCGUUCAACAAUGCUUACCCAAGCUGUUGCCAUCAUCUCUGCGCUCGCCGCCACCACUAGCGUGCUUGCCAACGGCUCUGUAAACCAUGCAGCGAUUGCCCGCCGCAUGUCCGACUCGAGCUUGGAAAAACGCGAAUCUUUCUCUGGUCGCACAACAUUCUAUGGACUGGACACUGGUGCCGAUGCAUGCACCGGUAGGAACCACGGAUAUAACGAUUGGGUGUUCGCCAUGAACAUGCCCCAGUUUGGCUCUUGCUGUGGCAAGAAAAUCAAGAUCCAGUACAAGGGCAAGACUGCUGUCGCUUCCUGUGUUGACGCCUGUGCUUCAUGCUACAACACCGGUGAAAUCGACUUGACUCCUGGUCUAUUCUCGUACCUGACCGACGGCAACCUGGAUCUCGGUCAAUUUACCUCCACUUGGUGGUUCGUCGAUGGCGAUGGCGAUGACAACAAGCCCCCUCCCCCACCUCCCCCACCAACCAAGAAGCCCGACCCACCCAAGACCACUAAGCCUGCUCCCCCACCCCCACCGCCAACUGAGAAGCCCAAGCCGGCGACCACAAAGAAGGAAGAGCCGAAGCAGACGGAGAAGAAAGUUGUCUCUAGCUCUGCCAAGCCUUCUUCUGCCAAGCCCUCUUCUUCCGCUUCAUCCCGCAAGGCAUCAUCGUCAUCGGCCCCCAAGCCCUCAUCUGCCGCACCGGCUCCCAGCACAGCCCCCGGCCCUGUCAACCCUGAUCCCGGUGUUGCCAACGUCGGUGGACAAGCAGCUGGUGCUCCAGCGGGAGGCUCGGAAAGCUCCGAAAACACCAAAGGUAUUUCUGGCGCUCUUUCCGGCACUUCCGGUGCCACAUCUGUCCUGGCCAAGCCCAACACCGUCAUCGUUGGCGCUGCCCUCGCACUUUUGGCCUUCCAGGCCCUCUAG